GGGCUGACGGCGCGCCGGUGUAGUGCUGCUGCGCAAGCAUCGGUACCGCGGGCUGCGGCUUGAGGGGAAGCAGGCGAUUAGGACAGUCUGCUCCCAGCCACGCACAUCCUCGAGAGAUUUUCACCAGCUGGUAAACUCUGCCUGCAUCCCUCUUAAAAGACGAUGAUGAGGUAAUCGGUGCGAGGAGACUCGCCGGCCCAGGCUGUGGUCCUUUCACAGUGGUUCAGGAGGAAUGUAUACAUGGUAAAUAAUCACACUGUGUGAAGUCUGCUCGGGCUCCGUGUCUCAUGAGCAGGGGGGGUCUCGGCGUCACAGGAAGGAGGGGCUCGAGUCGUAAGUUUGGUAUAUAAAUACGGGUCACCGAGAACAGCCUCGAACAAACUAGGCUGUCUUCCUAGCUGGACGACCGCUCUUAUUAGAAAAAAACGACGUAUCAGAGAGAGAGAGAGGGGAAUACAUAUAUUUCAGAAACUAAAGUAUUAUCAUUUUAUCUAAAAUCGUUUAAUCGUAUCAGCGGGUUCUGUUUCUUUAAAGUAGAGCACCUUGCACUUGUUUCUUUGUUUGGUUUUUGUGUUUUAAAGGAUGGGGUUGGAGGGGGUGUUGGUGCUGUCCGUCCUGUGCUGUCGUGUCCAUUCCCUCGUCUUGGAUUACAACACCAUCCGAGGGUCUGCGGAGGUGGGAGUGAGGAGCGAGACGCUGGACCGCUGCCUGACAGACAGCGACUGCGAAUCCAAGAAGUUCUGCCAGAACACAGGCGGCGGAGAGUCGGUUUGUGCCGCCUGCCGGCCGCUCCGCCGCCGCUGCCAGCGCAAUGCUACGUGCUGCCCGGGGACGCUGUGCAUUAACGACGUGUGCACUCAGCCUGAAGAGGGUGGCGUGACGACCGGACUGGUCCCUCCCGUGACGCGAGGGAGGAGCGGACACCACACCCUGGAAAGCAAACCCAAAAAGCAGACCAAUGGCAAAGGGCUGGAGGGGGAGUCUUGCCUGCGCACUGCGGACUGCGCAGUUGGCUUGUGCUGCGCUCGGCACUUCUGGGAGAAGAUCUGCAAGCCCAUGCUGAAGGAGGGGGAGGUGUGCUCAAAACGGGGGCGCAAGGAGGCCCCCCAGGGUCGCGAGCUCUUCCAACGCUGCGACUGCAUGGUUGGGCUCGCCUGUCGCCCCCAAAACAAGGGCGAGGAGAGCCGCAAGUCCCGCCUGCGCGUCUGCCAGGGACCCACAGGACAGGGCAACAGCGGUGCCAAGAGGCCCAACAGGAAGAGACGGCACUGAGCAGAAUUCCAGGGACAAACCCCCCCCCUAUGAACUGGAUUCCUGACCUUAACGGCUUACUGUUUUUAAAAUCAGGAACACUCAUUUGAAAGUGGAAUCAUAUAUAUUUGUUUUUGUUUUAUUAUUUUGAUUUACAAUUGUCACUUAUUUCUCUCCUACUCUCCUAAUUAAAAUUUAAAAAAUCAUUGUUUAAAUUUAAAAUAAUCGUUUGCCAAUGUGUACAAUGCAGCAGCGUGAUUUAUUGUGUUACCAGUAGGCUGAAGUACGACAGAAGUGCGCUCGGUUUUCAUUUGAUUUUACUGCUGUACUGUACACUGUAUAGGCCUACUGUACAGAUUUAUAUUGUUACAUAAUGGA